AACAGCUUCGUAUAGUAGGAACAAUUUAUUCACGUCAAUAUAUGAAUUAAGUUGUAUAUCUUAAAAAUAAUUGAAAAUCAAAUAUUUUUUCGAGUAUUGGGAUAAUUCAAAAUUAUGAUACCGAUUAUGGAAACACUAAUCUGAAAUGGUGGUUUCUAAAGGCAAGCUGAAAUUUGAUCAAUUUUGAAAAUAUACAGUGAAUUUUCCUUGCAAUCCAUCAAGCACAGAAAGAGGGACUAUAAACCCUAAUCCCCAUUAGUGCAGAGAGGUCUUGUAAGGGAAAUGCUCAUCAGAUUCAGAGGCAAAGCUGUAGUUGUAUCAACUCACUGUCUCAUAAAUCAUUGCAAUGGCUUUAGAGACUUCCGUUUCACAUCUCAAUAUCUAUACUCAUCAACCUCUACACCUGCCCCGACCCAUUUCUUGGUGAAAUACCUUGUUGAUUCUCUCGGAUUCUCCGAUGAAGAAGCUGCCUCUACAUCCUCCAAGGUAACUUCAUUGAAAAACUUAAAGAAUCCUCAUUUAGUCAUCAAUUUCUUGAAACAAAUCGGUUUAGACGACACCCAGAUGAAAAAAAUGGUUUCUUUAGCACCCAAAAUGCUAUUAUCUGAUGUUUCCAAAACCCUAAAACCCAAAUUCCAGUGCCUUAUGGAUAUCGGGUUAUCCGGGUCGGACCUGGUGGAUGUAAUUGCUAAAGAUUCAAAAAUUGUUGAAAGAGGUUUAGAUACUCAUUUGAGACCUACCAUUGAUUGUCUUAGGAGAACUUUGGGUAGUGAUGAAAAUGUAGUUAAGGCGUUAAAGAGAGCUCCUUGGUUGCUUACUUUUGGUGCUCAUAAUAUUAUGGAGACUAAUAUAUUGUUGUUGAAAAAUUGUGGUGUUCCUGAUGAGGGAAUGAAAACACUCCUGCUUAGAAAUCCUAGGUAUUUUGCACAAAAGCCUGAGUGGAUCAAGGGUUUGUUGCAUAGGGUGGAGAAUGAUUUUCGAGUUCCGCUUGACUCUCCUAUGUUUCCUUAUGGAUUUCAUACAUUAGCCUCGCAAAAGCAGUGUACCGUGGAUAGGAAGAUUAAAAUUUUCAAGAGUUUUGGAUGGUCUGAUAAUGAGAUACUUGAGAUGUUUGGUAAGUUCCCUUAUUGUAUUGCUCAGUCAGAGGUCAAAAUUCAGAAAGCAUUGAAUCUUUACAUUAAUGAGCUUGGUUCUGAACCUGCUUACUUGGCUUCUCAGCCAUCAGUUUUGAUCUAUAGUCUGGAAAAAAGGGUGCUACCUCGGAUGCAAGUCUUGAAAAUUUUGGAUGAAAAUAAGCUUGAGAGGAGAAAGUUGGCUCUUUAUACUAUUGUGAGCUUAUCAGAGACAAAGUUCAUUGAUUAUUAUGUGCUGCCCUACAAGGAUCAGAUACCUGAUUUGUAUGAAUUACUUGAGAAAACUGUGGCUCCCUAUUUUGCUUGUUUGAACCCUUUUCAGUUUCAAGCUUCGGUUCUUCUUCUGAAAACCAUGCUUUCUCGAAUCUCUAGGUUUCGACAUACGGGCAGCUGUGCCUUACCUUCUCUGUUACCAGUAGCUGUUUCCGGGCCUCAUUUAUCUGAAAACUUUCUCUUUGGUUCAGUUGGAUUUUCUAAAGAUGAUGAAGCAAUUUCUACUCCUACCAAGCUGUUUUUCAUUAGUGGAUCAUGGUCUCAGUUUUGCUACUCAACAAAUGCGUCCGUUCACACUCAGAACCCUCUCUUGUCGAACUACCUCAUCAAAUCACUGGGAUUCUCCAGAUAUGAAGCAAAUGUUGUAGCUGCCAAGUUGAACAGCGUGAAAGUACCUAAGAAUCCUGAUUUGGUAAUCAAAUUCUUCCAAGAGAUGGGUUUAGAACGGACAGAGAUCAAGAAAUUAGUUUCUAUUACACCGAGACUGCUUUUUUCUGAUGUAAACAGAACCCUUAAACCCAAGUUUCAGUGUCUGCGAGAAGUGAGGGUAUCUGGAUCUGACCUAGUUGAUCUCUUCCUAGCAGACGGAAAAGCUUUGUAUAGUGCAGUAGGUUCUCAUUUGAGGUCUAAUUUGGAUUUUCUUAGGAAACUAGUUAGUAAUGAGGAAACUUUGGUUAAACUUAUAAAGAGGUCACCUUAUUUACUUGCUUUCAAUGGUCCAAAAAUAUUUGAACCCAAAAUAUUGUUGUUGCAAAAAUCUGGCUUUUCAAAUGCCCAGAUCGAGAAACUUAUACUUCUGAAACCACGUAUACUUCAACAAAAAUUCGAGUGGCUGGAGAAGAUAUUACACAAAGCUGAAAAGGAUUUACAGAUUUCUCCCACAUCUGGAAUGUUCAUGUACGGAGUUCUUGCAGUUAUCGCACUAGGUAAGUCAACAGUGGAAAACAAAAUGGGAGUUUUCAGGAGUUGUGGAUGGUGUGAUCAGGAUAUAAUGACUGUGUUCAGAAAGCAACCCCUCUGUUUGGCUAUGUCAGAAGCUAGAAUUCUGCGAGCAUUGGACGUUUUCACGAGGGUAAUCGGAUGCAAACCAGAAUACUUGAUUAGUAAUCCUGCGCUUCUAAUGCUUAGUCUGGACAAGAGAGUGAUUCCUAGAAAUCAAGUACUGAAAGUUUUAAAGGAGAAGAGGCUGGUUCAGAAAGUAUCUUUUUCUCGAGCUAUGUAUAUAUCUGAACCUAUGUUUCGUUCAAAAUUCGUGCUUCCUUACAAGGAUGAGAUACCUAAUCUAUAUGAGUCAUAUGUGACAUGUGUGAGACGUUAGAGUCACGAUGAUCAGUCAAAUGAGGUGCGAUUUUCAUCUUUAUGGUUCAUACUUGUGAUCUUUCAGUCAAAUGAAUUUUGUUUCUUCAGGCCUUUCCUGUUUUCUAUUGAAGUCACAGCUAUUAGUUCCCCUGCAGUGUCAUAAUUUCAUUUUCUCUGUCCAUUCUGCUUAUAUGCAUUUGAUCCUUUGAAUUUCCGGACUAAGCAUGAAUUGAACAGUCUUGUUCUCACUAUAUACGACUCAUUGAAUCUUCUGGUUAUUGUUUGCUCUCCGUGUUAUCUAACUUUUCUUCUGGGCAGAAUGCUUGUUUAUCGACUCUAUAUAGACUGCAGAUUCAACAACUAGUUGCAGCAUGUAAAGAGGUUUAUUUGAGCAACUGAGUCUGCAUUACUCUUUGUUGAAGAUGGAGUUGCACAAUUCUUUUGCAUUACAAGACUUGGCAACAGCUAGGUAGGUAAUAGAGGGACACAGAUUCUUAAGUUCCUUUUUGGCUUCCCAUCCUGUGUCCGGUACCUACAUUGGUUCUUACUAAAUCUGGAUUUACAUCGGGAAUGCUAGAAUAAUACUGCACUCAAUACAAUGAGAUGGCAUUAGGAUUUGUUUUGGAUGAAUUCUCAUGUAUAACCUAAUGGUUGAAGUUACAUCUAAUAUCUUUAAUACUUGGUAAUUGUGAAAGUUGUAGACAUUGUAUAACCUUCUAAGUUGAAAGAGAGUCAUGUAAUUUAUUAUUUUUCUAAAAAGAGUAAAUUUUAUUUGUUUAGUUAAGAACAAAA